CCUUUCAGUUCAAUCAAGGGGUCGAAAAAGGGAACCUCGUGUGAAAACGACAAGACAAACGACGGGCCAUCUGCCCACUAACAUAAUUAGAUCAUGACUGAAGCCGGGGCCAUUUUCUAGUUUAUCGAAACCUGACCCUCUUUUUUAUUGUCUCUUGUCGCCGUCUUCGUUCGUUCCCUUUCUGCGGUUGUUGUCUCAGAAAAGUCAAGACAGGUUCUUGAACCCUUUUGUUAUUUACUUUGCAUAUCUUGUUCCUUCUCUACUAAUAAUGACCGAGAUGGUACAAGUUUUCAUGUUGAGCGUGUAGUUUUUAUAUCGUAUGUUCUUUUUUAUGUUCUCCCGUGGACUUUGUUGAAAAUUCACGAUAGCGCCGCCUUAGUCGCUUGUACCUGAGUCGUAACGGAUCUAUAUACUGCCUCGGGUGCCCCCGUCGAAAUAUGAACAUGAACCGUUCUGACAUGGAGAGGCUUCGUGCUGAUCUCAUACAACGAUCAAGGAUGGAGCGAGGUGGUAGUCCAAAUGGAGGCGAUGUCGACCUCGACGUCAAUGUUGAUGUCGAAGCUCAACACAGUAUACAAGAACCUCGUUCGAGUCCUGCGCCCCUAUCACGGCUGUUGAGUCGGAGAGAGCCUGCUUCAAUGACGGGACAAGCUCAGCUCGCCGAAAUCGAGAGCGUCAAGUCUCAAGACUCCAAUACGAAUCGACCUGCUGGUUCUCGAAGAUUUGCCGUACCAGGGUUCCUGCGAAUAUGGGGACGUAACAACACCACACCACAAUCCGACGAUAUUCGCAAUGCUACAGCUUCUCCCGCACCGCUUCUACCCAUCGCUGAACCUCUAUCGCCGACGAGACCCGAACCUGUGGCUACACCCUCAGAAUCGCAUCGAUCGCGACGUCAAAGACGACAACGAACCCCCCCUCAAGAUCCAUUGGAAGCGCAUCUCUCUGAGAUUCUGGGUGGAUCAACUAUUAGACGGCAUCGAAGACGGAGGGAAUAUCAUGAAAGAGAACGCGAUCGCCAUAGAUCGCGAAGAAGUCACCAGCGUCAUCCCAAGUUCUUCCUGGGCUGUAUACCAUGGGUUCGAUCGAGGCGCAUGAGAGCACAGAUCCUGAGGUGUUUGACUUCGGGUCUGUUUCUUAUAAUUCUCGUCACUGUCUGUAAGUCACGACCCAAUUGCGCUGUAGGCUUAAAAACUGCGAUACUGAUCAGUAAUAGACCUCGCCCUCUCCAUGACACACAAGGUCAACACGCGCGAAAUGAACAUCAUGCUCAUUCUUGUCGUCUUGUUCGCCGCCGCCUUCUUCUUCCACGGUCUUAUUAGACUGUGUCUCCUAAUAAUAAAGAGUAAUCGCGAAGCCGCUGAGCGGGCAAAUCGACCUCCUCGAUAUCGUGCGCCUCGAUAUGCCGUACCUCCUGUUCCCAUUCCUGUCGUUCUUGCGCAGGAUGAGGAAGCUGUGGGUAUGGAGAGUGAAGCGACAAAGACACAACCACCAGCCUAUGGGCGAUGGCGCGAGACAGUGCGAGUUGAUCCAGAUCGUUUGUUCUGGCAGCGCAAUGAGGCCGUGGACCUUUCUCAAAUAAGACCUAAUACUCGAGCUGGUCCCAGGCCACCGUCGUAUGUGUCUGAGGAUGGUAUAUCAUAUGUAGUCGAGGCACAACCUCGAUCAACAGCACCAACAACUGAAGUGCCACUACCAACACAUCCAUCAGAGCUUGGUAGAGUGGCUAGGGUACCAACCGAGUAGGAGUCAUUAAGGGACAAUUUCACAGCGCAUAAUAGCGAGCAAUAUGCAUGGUUUAUAUGAAAGCGAAAACACAUUUGAAGACCUAGAGCCUCUCAGAGGCAUUGUUAAAUUCAGCGUACAUGAGUAUCUGCAGUAUUGAUAUCACAUAUUAGCGUAGUUUUACAUAGUAUUGCCGUUGAGAGGAAAUUAGAGGUUUAGCCUAUGAGAUACCGGAUAGGAAAAGCAAUAUUACAGACUUGUCCUUAGCUGAAGUUGCUUGUGCUGGUCUAUUGGUAAUUAGAGACCCAGUCGCAGUGAUACUCAACAGGUGGUGGUAGCUCAAUCUUGCGAUCAGGUUAUCCCUCUCGUUUGAGCAGGGAGUAAUUAUCUCGCGGCGAGUCUCGGAAGAAGCGUGGAGUUGACAUGGCCAGGGUUUGACAUCACGCGGUUAUAUCCCCUGCCAACUGCAGCUGCGCCAGGAAAUCAGAACUUCCCAAAAGAAGGGUUCAGCCAAAUUUCAGCUUUGAACAAAGACUGUAUUAGAGAUGACAUUCUUUUGAAG